AAAUAAUAACCACAAAUUCUUGUAUGAUCAAAGACUGCAUCUUGCCUCAAUGUUUAUUUUUGACAAAUAAAAAAACGAAAAUAUUUCAAAGUGUAGUUUAAAAAAAUUGCAAAAAGAAAAAAAAUAUAUAUAGCUGUAACUGUAAUUAAUGUAUAUCUAUCCAAAUAUACGUUUACUGUUCUUACUGAUAAAAUGAGUUCCAAAACGUAUUUUAACUUUAUAUUAGAAAGAAUUCAUUCUCCAGGCCUUAUUAUCUUAGAUAAACCAGGAAAAACAUAUACAUGCGGCAGAGGAAAAGAAAAUCAAAUAUUAUGUCUUAGCCUUAUGGUAUCCCGUAAGCACUGUCUUUUUUUUCGUAAUGAUAAUGAAAUAUAUGUUAUGGAUUUGGAAAGCUCCAAUGGAGUAUAUGUCAAUGAUGUUAAACAACAAGCAAGACAUAUGGUUAAAUUAAAUAAUAAUGAUAUUAUUGGAAUUGGUUGUCCAGAUUCCAUGGAUAAAAGUGAGAAUAUGUUUAUUUAUAAAUUACGUUUUAUUAGUAAUAACAACUUGUUAGUAGAUCAGAGUCCUAUUGAAUCAUCAAAGGAAUCUCUAUGCGAAGAUAUAAUAAGAACAAAUAUUGAUGAAAGGAAUCAUUCAUCGUUUGAAGACAAUGUAAAUAACACAAAUAGUUUAGUUUCAUCGAAUGAUAUAUCAGAACUUCCAAAAAUUAUAAACAAGACUUGUCAAAUAGAAACGUCUAACAAGGAAUUUUAUAAUGGAACCAACAAAAUUAAUUCCCAUCCAGAAAUUGUAUUGUUAAAUAUUUGUACAGAAAGUAAUAUAAUAAAACAAAAUACUACACAUUUGGAUGCUAAUUACAAUAGUGAAUGUCAAGGAAAAAAUGAUACCAAUAAACAUAAAAACUUAUCGGGAAUUAAGGGUGCACAGGAAACGAUAAAACAGAAAUAUCCUUUAAAAAAAAAAACAAAUGAUCUUGAAUCUGUAGAAGAAAACGAUGGAUUCUGUAUUGAUUUACCUAUUAGUGUUAAUACGAAAAGAGUAAAACUAAAUCAUGACAAUAAAAUUAUGUCUGAAAGUAUUCCCAAGAUAAUAUCCCAUGAAACUAAUUUAGUAUAUGUAAACCAUAAUUAUGAUGGAAAUGUACAUACGGAUGCUAGUAGAAAUAUUAAAAUAUCAUCACGACAACAGGAUUAUUCUGAAACUGUGAAAAAACUUGAAAAUGUGGUACAUAACAAUUCAAAGGAAUAUAAUGAGCCAAUAAUGACUAAAAAAAAAUUAAACAUGCUAAAUGAUAAAUCUAUAAAUAUUGUACAUAAUGGUGAUCAUUUUAUUAAAAUGGAAGAAGAAAUAAUAAUAACUGAUGAUGAUGAUGAUGAUGAUGAUGAUCAAGAAAAAAAAGAAAUAGAAAAUAAUAUAAACAAUUCUAAGAGUUAUACUGAAUCAAUAAUUAAAUUAAAGCAAGUCAAGCAAGAGCCAAAAUUAAGAUUUUCUGAAGUUGAUAUAGUUAAUAUAAGCGACGACGAAGAUAAUGUAUUUCCUUGCUCUCAAUUGUUUGAUUCUAAUAUAGAUUUAAGUUCUGGAGUAAAGAAAGAAAUGAAACGGGAAAAUAAUGAUAAACACGAUGAGGAUAUCAACAGAAUUGAUGAUACAGAAAUAAUUAUUUCAUUGUCUGACAGUGAAGAUGAAGACAACAAAUGGUUAAAUAGAUUAUCUCGAAGUCAAUUGCUUAAUGAUGAAUCUUUGGAUACAAAUAUAAUUAAUAAAGAUAUUAAAAAUAUUAAAAAGAUAUCCAAUAUAAAUGAUUCUUCAAAUAAACUCAGUGCCAAUAUUAAAACCAAAAAAGACAAUAGAACGGAAGAAGAUAAAAAAGGUACGGGUAAAAAUAUUAAAGACAAAGAUAAAAGGAUUAAACAACAUAAAAGUAAAAAUAAAUUACAUACUAUAGAAAAAGAUGCACCUGAUAUUUCUUGUGAUAUUAGAAGAUCGGAGAUAGAUCACGGUGGUACAUCUAAUAAAGAACAAGAAGAUGUUAAUAAUAAAAGUUCUCAUUCUCUUGAGGAAAAACAAAACGUAAUCAAUAAUAGCACUAAUAAUAAUGUACUUAAGCAUAGUUUGCUUUCCAAGGAAAAAAUAAUAAUAGCAAGGAAAAGACUACAAAUAAUAGAUCCACCUUGUAUGCCUGUGAAAAAAAAACGAAAAAUAAUUGAUGACAUCAAUACGACGAAAAUUGUAGAAGAAAAACAACAUGAUAAUUUGCGUGUAACAAAUAAAAAGAAAAGUGGAACACUUUCUCCUCGGAAAUCGAAUGUUAUCCAAUUUGAUAAACAACUCCUCCAAACACCUCUUUCAAAAGAAGAGAAAAAGAAGAUUGCAGAAAAUAGGAAAAGCAAGUUAAAAAAGAUUGCUGUAGAAGAUAAAAAAGAAACUAAUAUUAAGCGGAUGAAAAAUCCUAUUUCAAAACCAAUAGCAAAAGUAUCACUAAAAACGCGAUCAGAUUUUCUAAUUGAUGAAAUGCAAUCAAAUACUAGAAAUACAAUUAGCAAAUCAACAAAACGAAAAUGUCCAGAAAACAAAAACUAUGCAAAUAAUAGUAAUUUAAAAAAUAAUAAUAAUACAUUACCUUCAAAUGUUAAGGAUAUAAAUGAUGCAGAAUUAAAUAAGAUUAAUGAGACCAACGAGAAGAAUAAAAACAUAGAGUCUACUGCUACUAAUAACUUGAAAGAUGAAUCAAAUAGUAACAUUGUCAGAAUACAAAAAGAAAAUUGUUCUCCUAAUAGGCAAGGAAUCACUCAAUUAAAGAAAAAAAAGAAAAAGGUUUCUUUUAAAACUAUCCCUGAAAUUCGUGAAUACGAAAUCGAAUCAUCAAGCAUUUUUAAUAAACUUGUAGGUAAAGAUGCCCCGAUACCUGUUGAUAAAUUGUCUUCUAAAAAAUUAGGCGAUACUAAUUAUUCAAAGUUAGAAGCAUUUUUUUUACGUAUCUUCUUCUGGAAUCCUAUUUGGCUUGAAGAACAGCGACGUCUUAAUCGAAGGCCACCUAUUCUUAAAGACAAUGAAAUACAUCCUAUGCUAACUUAUUAUAAAUCUUACAAUGACUAUUAUAAAAUUGCUGAACCUCUAUUAUUAUUAGAAAUUUGGUCUGGCAUUACUAAAGAGUUUGAGGAGAUGGAAAGAAACUCAAUGCGACCUACCGUGAUGUGUUCUACAAUUGAAAAGUCUUUUAAAAGCACUCAUAUACCAUCUGUAAAUCUAUGUUUAUCAACUUUGUCGGUACAAGUAUUAAUCACCAAAGAAAAUUUUGUAAGAAAUUCUUAUCCUAAUUACGGAGAUUUGGUAGUUUUUGAAUAUGUUAGAAAUGAAGAAGGAAAACAUAUGUUUCACAAAGUAUUUGCUUAUGUUACAAAUAUGAAUAAUAUUAUUAUAACACCGUUUACAGAAUACAACAAAGAUUUAGAAAAUUACGUAAAAAAGCCAUAUGCAUUAUUAACGUAUACUCUUAUGACAAGAAAUGUUGCUGACAAUUUUGUAGUAAAACGAAUUCAAAGAAUAAGAACUGUGACAUAUCUACGCUCAAAUAUAAGAAUGAUUCAAGCAAUACAAUAUCUUCCACAAUCUCCGCUUAUGAAUUUAAUUUUAUACCCACUGAUUGAAACAUUUCGAUUACCCGAGGUAGACAUCCAUAUGAACAAAUCUUUCACAAAGGAUACAUUAAAUAAAAAACAAUUAGAAGCUGUUUGCAAAGUAACAAGCGCUGUAUUUCAAAAGGAACCUAAAAUUUGUUUAAUUCAAGGACCACCAGGAACAGGAAAAUCAAAAGUUAUUGUAAACAUUAUAACAGAAAUAUUGUAUGGUAAUAAUAGAUAUCAAAACAAUAAAUCACCUUUACGAAUUCUCGUAUGUGCUCCAUCCAAUGCAGCUAUUGAUGAAAUUGUAUUAAGACUUCUUGGCAUUAGAGCUAAAAUUAAAGAAAAACGUUUUAAGAUGGUCCGUAUUGGUAGACCUGAAGUUAUGCAUACAACUGUAAAAGACAUUUCUUUAACUGAAUUGGGAAAAAGAGAUGUUAAAAGAAUGACUGCCAAUUAUUCUUCCAAAAAUAUUUCAAUUGAUAGUUUUGACGAAGAGAAAAAACUUUUGGAAGCACGUAUCAAUGCAUUAAAAUGUGAAAUAACAUAUUCACAGAAAAUAGAUGAAACUUAUAGGCAACAUCUCAAAUUGAAAUUAUUAGAUAUGAAUGCAAAAUAUGAAUUAUUAAAAAAUCAUAAAUCGAUGGAUGAUAUGAGUACAAAUGAAUUGGCAAACUUCCAACGUGUCGCAGAACGUAGGGUUCUUGAAGGUGCAGAUAUAAUAACGUGCACACUUUCUUCAUGCUAUACUAAUCAAAUGGAAUCCAUUUUUGGUGGAAAUAGGGAGAAAAUAUCAGUCUGCAUAGUGGACGAGGCUACUCAAUGCUGUGAAGCAGAAAAUUUAAUCCCUUUGCUACUAGGUGUAAAUAAAUUAAUUCUAGUUGGAGAUCCUAAUCAAUUACCAGCAACCAUAAUAAGUCAAGAAGCAAAGAAAUAUGGAUUAGAUCAAUCACUAUUCUUUCGUAUACAGAAUGCAUUUCAAAAAAUGAAAGAUAAUCCAAUAAUAAUGUUAAACACACAAUAUCGUAUGGCAUAUGCUAUUUCUUACUGGCCGAAUAAGUUCUUUUACGGAGGACAGUUAAAGAAUGAUAUUCCAAACGUACAUAGAUUUCCAUUUCACAAUUAUAGAAUUUUUAAUAUUAAUUCUAAUCAAAAUGAUGAUAAAUUUUCUAAUACAAGUGAAGCCGAAUUUAUAUCUAAUUUAAUUUUAUGUAUGAUGGUUAAUUUCAACUUUGAAAAAUGGGAAUCCAAUGUUUCAAUUGGAGUAUUGACGCCAUACAAUAAUCAAAAACAUUUAAUAUUGGAAAAGCUCAAUGCAAAGUUAUUAACUGUACCUGAUAGUAUACAAACAAGAUUUACCAUAGAAAUAAACACAAUUGAUCGGUUUCAAGGACAAGAACGUGAUAUUAUAUUAAUGUCAUGUGUAAGAAGUAGUGGUAUUGGAUUUUUGUCAAAUUCCCAAAGAUUAUGUGUAGCAUUAACUAGAGCUAUACAUUGUUUAAUAAUAUGUGGUAAUUUUACUACAUUUAUGCGGGAUACAAUGUGGAAUGCAUUGAUAUCCGAUUCUAAAUUACGCAAAGUUUAUUAUAAUAUCGAUGUUAAUGCAAAUUUGUAUGAGAUAAACAAACACAUCGAUAGACAACAAAUUAUUUAAAAGUACUGCGUCUUUUUACCUGUAUGAUACACAAGCUGUAACAGCAUUUCAUUCUAUUUUAUUAAGUUAAUGUACAUGAUGUAAAUUUAGAUCUUUCUUGUUUCUUACAUAACCAUUAAUUGAAUUGUUUUGAAUAAUGUAAAGAGUAAUGGAUUACUUAUUUCAUUUCUUUUUUACGAAGUACUGUAUAAAUAAUCGUAUUUAUUUGAAUAAAUAUUUUCAUUUAUA